UAUAUAUCACAGGUUCUGGUAAGGAAUAGUAAGCAACACAAUAUCCAUCUAUAUUUUUCAUUCAAUUUUCAAUAGCAAUGGCAGAAAUCAAGGAACACAUAGUUAUGUUCCCAUUCAUGGCACAAGGCCACAUAAUUCCAUUCCUUGCCUUGGCCCAACAACUAGAGCAGAAAAAAGGUUGCACCAUAACCCUAAUCAACACCCCACUCAAUAUCAAGAAGCUCAGCUCCUCCCUCCCUCCGAACACCACCAUUCGCCUCCUCGAAAUCCCUUUCAAGAGCUCCGACCACGGUCUUCCCAGCGACGCUGAAAACACCAAUUCCCUAUCCUACCAUCUCAUCCUCAAACUCUUUCAAGCUUCCUUGUCACUCAAGCCUUCUUUCAGAAACCUAAUGCACGGUCUUGUCCAUGAAAGAAAUGGACUGCGCCGACCGGUUUGCAUGAUCACUGACAUCUUCUUUGGGUGGACGAUUGAGAUAGCUCAUGAGUUUGGCAUGUCCCAUGCUGUGUUCUCCACAGUUGGAGGGUUCGGCAUGGCGUGCUAUUACUCGUUGUGCUUGCAUUUACCUCAUCUGAAAGCAAAAUCCGGAGAAUAUGAAUUCACACUGCCUGAUUUUCCAGAAGCUAAGAAAUUUCAUAUAUCCCAGCUCUCAGAAAGUCUUAAACUGAGCAAUGGCACCGACCCCUUUUCAGUGUUUGUGCAUAAAGCAUUCAAUGAGUGCAUGAAAACUGACGGAAUGGUAAUCAACACGGUGGAGGAGCUAGACAAAACCGGGCUGAUGUACCUCCGAAAGAUCUUUAAAUUGCCGGUUUGGGCAGUUGGACCGCUUCUUCUAUCAUCCGGAAAUGGGACUAAAAGGGCAGGAAAAGAAUCCGGACUCACACCAGAAGCAUGCAAAAACUGGCUUGAUUCAAAGCCACCCAGGUCAGUUUUGUACAUUUCAUUUGGUUCUCAAAACACAGUUUCAAAGUCUCAGAUGAUGCAAUUGGCAAUGGCAUUGGAGUCAAGUGGUAAAAACUUCAUUUGGGUUGUUAGGCCACCAUUGGAAUAUGAUGUUGAUUCAGAGUUCAAGGAGAAGGAGUGGUUUCCGGAAGGGUUCGUGCAGAGGAUUAAAGCUCAAAACAAAGGGCUAAUUGUCGAAAAAUGGGCACCUCAGGUGGAAAUACUGUCUCACAAAGCAACCUCUGCUUUUUUGAGCCAUUGUGGUUGGAACUCGGUGAUCGAGUCCUUUGUUCAUGGGGUGCCUUUACUCGGGUGGCCUAUGGCUUCAGAACAGUUUUUCAACGUCAAGUAUCUGGUGGAGCAAGUCGGAGUUUGCGUGGAAGUAGCGAGGGGGAAGAGUUGUGAGGUUCAGAAGGAAAAUAUAGUGGCGAAGUUGGAGUUGGUGAUGAAUGAGACAGAGAAAGGGAUGCAAAUGAGAAGGAAAGCUAGCGAGGCAAAGGAGAUUAUUAGGGAUGCCAUGAAGGAUGAGGAGGGAUACAAAGGUUGUUCUACUAAAGCUUUGGAAGACUUUCUAACAGCCGCUGCAAUGUCAUACAGGGUCGAAGAAAACAGUGGACUCAAAACCAAAUGAAACGUUACUAAAGAGGAGAGAAAAACUAGCGCUUAGAAAGUAAAGAAUUCAAAGGUCGCGGUUCUUAAGAGUGUUUCCGUUUAUGAUUUUUUUUUUUCUUGGCUUUAUAAUUUGUCUUGUUAACUUUGAUUUCCUUCUCUGCA